AUGUUUCAAGAGCUCACAUUUUUGUCGCUGGCAACAGCCACAUUCGCUUCUUUUGCAGGCAACUUAAAUUAUAGGAGUCCUUCUCACCACCAUCCAUCACUUGGAGUUUCAAUCCGUAAGGUAGCUGCGAGAAACACACCUACAGCGCCAUGGAAUCCGGCUCAACUGAAUUUUACUCACGGCGUUGCAAGUGGAGAUCCAUAUGACACAAGUGUCAUUUUAUGGACUCGAGCGGCUCCUACUUCAGAAAAUGACAAAUCAAACAUUACCGUCUCUGGUUUUGUGCCACUCUUCAGCCACGAGACCGACGAGUACGUGCUAGCAAGUAAAGCACCGAUUUGCGUUGACUAUAAAGUAUCGACCGACGAGGAUUUUGACUGCGUUGCCGAUCAUGGCACGGUUUACACCUCUUCCGACAUUGACUUCACUGUCAAAGUUGAAGCGAAAAACUUGACUCCGUACACUCGGUAUUACUAUCAAUUCAAUAUUUGCAACUCUAAUAACACCAGUCCUGUCGGCCGCACGAAAACCAUUCCAAGCAAAGGAGACAAGGUAAACACGGAAGUUAAGGUUGCUGUGUAUUCAUGUAGCAACUAUCCUUUCGGAUUCUUCAAUGCUUUCGGAAACUCUGCUCGAAAAGAUUCUGUCGAUUAUGUUAUCCAUCUUGGUGACUAUAUCUACGAAUAUGCCAACGGCGAAUAUGGCUGGGGCAACUCGUUAGGGCGGAUUCCACUACCGAACAGGCAGAUUUACACACUUUACGAUUACCGCAAAAGACUUGCCACCUAUCGUACGGAUCUUGAUUUGGUGCUAUCUCACCAGCAAUAUCCAUGGAUUCCGGUCUGGGAUGAUCAUGAGGUCGCAGAUAAUACAUGGCGCGAUGGUUCAGCGGAGCUCAACAACACCGAAGAUUCUUUUAUCAAAGAUGGUGGUGUCUCUGUUGACCAACGUAAGAUGAACGCUGUACGAGCCUACUUUGAGUGGAUGCCAAUUCGACAAGUGGAAAUGGACGACAAUCUCAGAAUUUGGCGCAAUUUUGAGAUUGGAGACCUGAUGGAUUUGAUAAUGUUGGAUACUCGUCAAUAUGAUCGUUCUAUUACCGAUUUGUACUGGAACACGGAUUAUGUUCAUGAGAUAUCCAACGAUGCUUCACGAUCCCUGAUGGGACCUCGGCAAGAAAACUGGUUCUAUAACCGCCUUAUCGAGUCCUCUAAGCGAGGAGCAGCCUGGAGAAUUAUAGGUAAUCAAGUCAUAUUCUCCAGGGUCAAUUUGUCGGCAGCUUACGGUCCUGAAAAUCCUGUUAAUUACGAUGCAUGGGAUGGCUAUCAAAGCAAUCGUAACCGUACACUCGCAACCCUGUACGACAACAAGAUUGACAACACAAUUUUCCUAGCCGGAGACAGCCAUGCUUCAUGGGUUUCCGAUCUUGUGUGGCUCGACACACAUCCAUACGACUCAAAAACAGGUGACGGAUCAAUCGGCGUAGAGUUUGCCGGCUCAGCAGUAUCUUCACCUUGUCCUUUCGGUCAAAACAUUACUUUGAAGUCCGCAAACACUUACUCCUCCAUCGUUCAAUCAAUGAAUCCGGAACUUCAGUGGCAAGACCUCUACUAUCGCGGUUACUUCGAGAUGAGCAUUUCUCACGAAGCCGUUCAUGCUUCCUUCUUCGGUAUGCCAAAUAUUACAACAAGAAAUGGAUACGAGAUUUCUCUUGCGAACUUCACCGUGUUGAGUGGGGAGAAUAAGUUGAUGAGGACCGAUGGCGUGGUUGCGGGUGGAAGUGUGGAGAGUGGAAGUUUAAAAUUCGGAAUUGUAAAGGGGACGAAUGCAACAAACGACACUGCUACGGGAAGGCGGUUCAUCUAUGGACCCCAGCUGAACUCGACAGCCGGUAACUCGACUUUGCGUAGCUAA